UUCUCUUCUCUCCAGAGCAUAUAUAUAUAUAAAUUGAAUCUUUUAUUUUUGUUUUUAAUAUUUUUCUUCUCUUUCAUUUUCAUGUGAAUGCUGACUGGUGACCGACAAAAGAGCCUGGGGAUCACUCGCUCAAAGGCCCAAAUCCAACUUGACACUCAUUUCCUUCCAUUAACUUGUCCCAAAAAAACCACCACUUUACUUCACUACAGUACACAACAUAGCUCAUAAUAGUCCUAAAGUGAAAAAUAAAGCCGUUUAAUUUCUCUUGCUUUCUCUCUCUCUCUCUCUCUCUCCAAAAUAUUCUCUCUUUAGAGGCUAAGCUCUACUUCCUUCUUCUUUCUCCUCUUUAUCUGAUAAUGUAAAGCAAAACUAAAAAGCUUAACAAAUACUGGGUUCUAAUUUUUAUUUUUUUUUGUAUUCUUGUAUUCAAACACCAAAAGAUUUUUUUUUUUCUUAAAAGAAUGGCUUUGUGCAAGUUCUUUGCUUUGUUUCUCCUUAUCCACAUUUGCUUGCUUCUUAGUUUGUGUUCAGCUGAAGAUCCUUUUGUUUCCUACAAUUUUGAGGUCUCUUAUAUAGAAGCUUCUCCUCUUGGUGUGCCCCAACAGGUUAUUGCUAUAAAUGGCAAGUUUCCUGGUCCUACUAUAAAUGUGACCACUAACAACAAUGUCGUUAUCAAUGUUAGAAACAAAUUGGACGAGAAUCUUCUCAUGCAUUGGUCUGGAAUUCAACAAAGGAGAAGUUCAUGGCAAGAUGGACUUCCUGGCACUAACUGUCCAAUUCCUCCAAAGUGGAACUGGACUUACCAGUUUCAGGUUAAGGAUCAGAUUGGCAGCUUCUUUUACUUCCCUUCUCUUCAUAUGCAGAGAGCUUCAGGUGGAUAUGGUGGCUUUAUUAUAAACAACCGAGCUGUUAUUUCAAUUCCUUUUGAUACACCGCAUGGGGACAUUGUCAUUUUGAUUGGUGAUUGGUACAAAAGGAACCACACGGCUUUGAGGAAGGCCCUUGAUGCAGGGAAAGAUCUUGGGAUGCCAGAUGGAGUUCUUAUUAAUGGCAAAGGCCCUUACCAAUAUAACACUACACUUGUUCCUGACAGCAUUGACUAUGAAACUAUUGAAGUCCAACCAGGGAAGACCUAUCGCCUUCGCGUACACAAUGUUGGAACAUCAACUAGUUUGAAUUUCAGGAUCCAAAACCAUAACUUGCUUUUAGCAGAGUCAGAGGGAUCAUAUACAGUGCAGCAAAAUUAUACUAGCUUAGAUAUUCAUGUAGGACAGUCCUUUUCAUUCUUGGUAACAAUGGAUCAGAAUGCAAGUUCUGAUUACUACAUUGUAGCUAGUGCCAGGUUUGUGAAUGAAUCUCAGUGGAGAAGGGUUACGGGGGUUGCUGUCUUGCACUAUACAAAUUCCAAAGGAAAGGCAAAGGGCCCUCUUCCGGAUGCACCAAAUGAUGAGUUUGAUAAAACCUUUUCAAUGAACCAGGCACGAUCUAUCAGAUGGAAUGUGUCUGCAAGUGGUGCACGCCCUAACCCUCAAGGUUCAUUUAGAUAUGGCUCAAUCAAUGUGACUGAAGUGUAUUUGUUGAAAAAUAAGCCACCAGUGACGAUUAAUGGGAAAAAAAGGACCACUCUGAGUGGGAUAUCAUUUGUCAAUCCUUCCACUCCAAUUAGGCUUGCAGAUCAAUUUAAAGUAAAGGGAGUAUAUAAGCUUGAUUUUCCUACUAAGCCACUCACAGGACCACCUAAAAUGGAAACUUCAGUAAUUAAUGGAACAUACAGAGGAUUUAUGGAAGUCAUCCUACAGAACAAUGAUACAAAGAUGCAAAGCUAUCACAUGAGUGGAUAUGCAUUUUUUGUUGUAGGAAUGGAUUAUGGCGAAUGGUCAGAAAACAGCCGGGGCACAUAUAACAAAUGGGAUGGCAUUGCACGCUCCACAGUACAGGUUUAUCCUGGAGCGUGGGCAGCUAUUUUGGUAUCUCUUGACAAUGUUGGAGUCUGGAACCUCAGAACAGAAAACCUGGACUCGUGGUAUCUUGGACAAGAAACAUAUGUCAGAGUUGUGAAUCCAGAGGCAACCAAUAAAACAGAGUUGCCCCUACCAGAAAAUGCCCUCUACUGUGGUGCUCUCAGCAAAUUGCAGAAGCCACAAGAUAUCUCUUCUUUUGCCGUAUCGAUCAAGGGUGAUAGAUCGAAGCUACUCUUCGCUUUGCUGAUGAUUGCCUCUGCAGUGAUGUCCAUUUUCAGCUGAUAGUUGGUAUGGGAUGGUUUGCUGCCUGUCUUGCAUGUUGGAGGCUGUGUUCUUGGUGCGAUUUGUGGGUGUGACUUUUGGGUGGUAGGUGUGUAAUUCUAGUCUUGUUGAUAAGAGUAUUUUUCGGUGAUUUUGACAUGUAUUAUUUUAGAAUCUUUUCCAUGAGUUCCUUGUUUGUUUAAUUUAUUUGGAUCAUCAUUCUUUUAAUACUUGUAAUUUAUGUCCUGAUGACAAUUCAUCAAAAUUUUCAAUACAAUUAGCUACCUGCGGAUGUAGUAAAAUUCA